GCGGCCGGUUUCAACAACAGGUUUAGUUGGUUAGGAUUCUCUGUGUGUUGAAGGUGUAUGGUGCACAAUUUUAUGAAAUCAUUCGUGUUGUACCGUUUCACGAUUACUUUACUCGUCAUUGCGUUUUGAAUUCCGAAGAAGCUCAAGGUGUUAACCUGGCUGGUCGCUAUGGUUAUUCUUCGGCUUGUACUUCUAUGGGUCCUGUGCUCGAUGCUUGAAGCCGUCCCAACGGGGUUCUACACUAUUGUGGCACCACGAGUCUUGAGGCCAAACUCUGAAUAUCAUGUAGCGGUAACAACGCAAAAGACAUCACAGCCAACCACUGUGACUGUUGCAGUUGGUGGGAAACAGCAUGGCGGAGGUGUUUUUCAGGCUACCCAGACUGUGUCAGUUGAGCCAUAUACAACACAUAUUGUCAAGCUGGAGAUCGGUGAUUUAGGCCCAGGAACCUAUAAUCUUACAGCUCGUGGUAUAAAUGGCUUGGAAUUUACGAACACUACAAGACUUGACUAUGUCCACAAGAGUCACUCUGUCUUUAUUCAGACAGAUAAAGCUGUGUAUAAACCAGGGCAUAAAGUUCAAUUCCGAGCCAUAGUACUUGAUGCACAUCUGAAACCAAGUGUUACAGGAGCUAUGGAUGUGUACAUAACUGAUGGAAAAGGAAACAGAGUUAAGCAGUGGAGCCGUGCUCUGACAACAAAAGGAGUUUUCUCUGGAGAGCUACAGUUGUCUCAGUCCCCUGUUCUAGGUGACUGGAACAUCACAGUUGUUGUAAUGGAUCAGUACUUUUAUAAGACAUUUCAAGUGGCAGAAUAUGUGCUGCCCAAAUUUGAAGUUAGAAUAGAUGCACCAGCUCAUGCAACAUUCAAGGAUUCUCAUCUUGCGGCAACUGUUCAUGCUAAGUAUACCUAUGGUAAAGCAGUGAAGGGGGAAGCAACUGUGACAAUAUACCCUACAUACUACUCAGGUUUACUUCAGCCUAUCUUCCAGAAUCCAGUUCGUAAAGUUGUACCUAUUGAUGGAAAAGUAAAUGUUGAAUUUGACAUUGCAAAGGAUCUAAAAUUGGGUGAUGACUAUGAAAGAUCAAUACAAAUUGAUGUUGCCGUAGAAGAGGCUCUCACAGGCAGACGACAGAACACUACUUUUGAGGUUAUGGUGCACAAGUACAAGUACAAGAUGGAGCUCAUAAAGACAUCAGAAUACUUUAAACCUGGACUCAAAUACACAGCAUUUGUGAAGCUUACGUAUCAUGAUGGUAGUCCAGUACAAGACAUGAAUAAUCCUGUUACAGUCAGAUAUGGUUACUCUUAUGAUCAUGAUUCAUACAUAGAAGAGAAAUACAAAUUGUCGAAACAUGGAAUGGUUGAGUUAAAUUUCUAUCCUGCGGUGGAAAAUCAAACAGUUCUUGGUUUAGAAGCUGAAUACCUGGAUAUUAAGGAAUGGUUUUCUACUGUUAGUGCUUCCAUGUCUCCUAGCAACACAUUUAUUCAGGCAGUUAUCAAUACAGAACAUCCAGUGGUGAAUCAAGAUAUUGAACUUGAAAUAAACUCAACAGAGCCCAUGAAGUAUUUCAGCUACCAGGUGAUUGGUCGUGGUGAUGUGGUUCUGGCCAAUGCAGUACAAGUGUCCGAUAAAAAGACACAUAAGUUCAGAUUUCUGGCCACAUAUGUCAUGGCACCAACUGCACAUGUUGUGGUGUUUUAUGUGAAGGAAGAUGGUGAAAUAGUUGCAGAUGCACUUGAUAUUGAAUUGGAAGGAUCACUACAGAAUUUUGUGAACAUUAAUACAAACAGUGAGGAAACUCGCCCAGGGACAAAUGUGGAACUGACAUUUGAAGCAAAGCCCAACUCUUAUGUUGGUGUCCUGGGAGUAGAUCAAAGUGUGUUGUUACUAAAGUCAGGAAAUGAUAUCACUGAGGACACUGUUUUGGAAGAGCUGAGCUCAUAUGAUGCAGGCUCUCAAACACCAUACUGGCCUUUGUUAAAUUUUAGAGGAAAGAGAUCAUCUUAUUGGUGGCCAGGUUCUGCUACAGCAAGACAAGUGUUUGAUAAUUCUGGAGCAGUAAUAUUAACUAAUGGUUUGGUACAUGAGCAUUUUCCAUGGCGCUCUGACUUGGACAUGGGUUUGAUAGCACAGAAUCGGUCCUUAUUCCGACCUAUUCCAGCACCUGGUCUACCUGCGGUGAAGCUGGAUCUUGGGCCUGCAGUGGUAUACAGGCCUGUGACACGUCCUCCUUUGGCAGGCCCGUAUGCCUUCUCACGCAUCCCCAUUCCUGUCUGGAAUAAGCCCCAGGUCUUCCUCAUGCAUGAUAUUGCUUCCACUUGGCUUUUCACCAAUCUCUCUUCAGGGUUUGAUGGAAAAGCAACAAUACAGAAAACAGUUCCAGACACCAUUACAUCUUGGGUUAUUUCUGGCUUCUCUGUGGACCCUUUGUUUGGUCUUGGACUUUCUGAAGCACCAAGAAAGCUUCGAGUGUUCCGGCCAUUCUUCUUGUCAUUGGACCUGCCAUAUUCAGUCGUCCGUGGUGAGACUGUUGCUAUUCACAUUGUAGUGUUUAACUACAUGAGCAAGGACUUGGAAGCAGAUGUUACUCUGGAGAAUGAACAAUUGGAGAAUUUUGAAUUUGCUGAAGUGUCUAAUGAUGUCAAUGAGCAGCCAAAGCUUGAGCUGUAUCGACGCAAGAAAGUGUCCGUCAGAGCCAACAGUGGAUCUUCUGUGUCAUUCAUGAUAACACCAAAGAAGCUUGGCCACAUCACUAUAAAAGUAACUGCUUCUAGUCCUUUGGCUGGUGAUUCUGUGGUAAAGAAACUGCUUGUAAAGGCUGAAGGAGAAACCCAGUAUUACAACAAAGCUAUAUUUGUGGACCUCAGAAAUAAGGGCUCAUUUCAAACAGUGGUCACUCUAGAUGUUCCAAAGAACAUAGUUACAGGUUCAGAUAUGGUGGAAAUAUCAGCAGUAGGUGAUAUACUUGGACCAAGCAUACCAAACCUUGCUAAUCUAAUAAAAAUGCCAUUUGGAUGUGGAGAACAGAACAUGCUCAAUUUUGUGCCUAAUAUUGUUGUCAUUGAAUACUUGAAGAACACAAAUCAGCUGACCCCAGCUGUUGAAGGUAAAGCUUUACGAUACAUGGAAACAGGUUACCAGCAAGAACUGACGUAUCGUCAUUCAGAUGGUUCCUUCAGUGCCUUUGGAAAUAACGAUCCCAGUGGCAGUACAUGGCUCACUGCCUUUGUUGCCAGAGCCUUCCGACAAGCAGUGCCAUACAUUAUUGUGGAGGAGAAGAUAAUCCAGGAAGCUUUACAUUGGUUGUCAAUAAAUCAAGCUUCAAAUGGAAGUUUUCCAGAGGUGGGGAAAGUAAGCCAUCAAGAUAUGCAAGGAGGAGCUGCUAAAGGAAUGGCUCUCACAGCAUACACACUGAUUGCUUUCCUUGAAAAUCAGCAAUAUUCAAAUCAGCUUUAUCGUAAUACCAUCAACAAAGCACUGGACUACAUUGUUAGAAAUCUGGAUGGGGUGAAUGAUGUCUAUGCCCUUGCUAUAUCAAGUUAUGCUCUUAAUCUUGCACAGCAUUCAGCGAAGGACGCAGUCUUCAAUCUGUUUGAGAGCAAAGCUCAGUCGUCUGGUGAUCUAAAAUGGUGGCAGAAAUCUCUUGGUAAGGAUGAUAAAAAAAAUCCUUGGUAUGCACUACCCAACUCUGUGGAUGUGGAAAUGACAGCAUAUGGCUUACUCACAUACCUGGAACAUGGUCUGGUACAGGAUGCUCUACCCAUUAUGAAGUGGUUGAUAACACAGCGAAAUGAGCAAGGGGGUUUUGCUUCAACACAGGACACUGUGAUUGGACUACAAGCACUGGCAAAGCUUGCUGAGCGAAUUUCAUCCAGUGCAGUGGAUAUUAAUGUGUCCUUCUCAUACUCUGGUGGUAGCCCUGCUAACAUGAAAGUGACCAGAGCAAACUCCAUGAUUCUGCAGAAACAAGAGCUUCCUGGUAAAGUCAGAAAUAUAGACAUAUCAGCUUCAGGAUCAGGAUUUGCAGUUGUCCAAGUGUCAUAUCACUACAAUUUGAAUGUGACCGGAGCAUGGCCACUAUUCACACUUGACCCACAAGUGGACAAGAACUCAGACAGUAACCACCUCCAACUCUCAAUAUGUUCUGGGUUUGUUGGGGCACAAGGAGUCAAUGAAAGCAAUAUGGCUGUAAUGGAGGUGACACUGCCAUCUGGUUUUACUGUAGACUCAGAUACUCUGCCCAGUUUACAAAUGUCUCAAAAUGUGAAGCGAGUGGAGACCAAGAAUGGAGACACUGUUGUAAUGUUGUACUUUGACAAGAUGACAAAACAAGAAUACUGUCCUACAGUCUCAGCAUUCAGAACACACAAAGUAGCCAAGCAGAAGCCGGUUCCAGUUACCAUUUAUGAUUACUAUGAUUCAUCUCGUCGUGCCAGGGUGUUUUAUGAACCCAGAGUUGCCACAUUGUGUGAUAUCUGUGAAGGAGAAGAUUGUAGCAGAGCCUGUUCCAGCAAGCCUUAUUCUCAUAGUCAUGAAAACCAUUCGUCAGCUGCAGCAAGAGUAUUGUUGAGUUCUGUGUGUCUUUUUCUCUCCUCUGUGCUUCUGCAAGGGUGGGUUUUGUAAUGUUUGUGAUAAAAAUACCAUCAGUUGAGCUGAAGGCAUAGAAAUACAUGUACUACAAAUUUUACAUUUGCACACUGUCAUUUUAAAUGUAUCUUGCAAAUGAUCUUUCAUGAAAGGCAUGCUUCAUCUUAAUAUUUACUUUUAGGGUAAUGUUUUAACCCUUCCUGAUCCCCAUCUCAUUCUCAGUCUGACAUUUGGAAUUUAUAUUCCACCCAGUUUUAUUUUAGAAGGCAAAGGGUGCUAAGCUUUGGAAGAACUAAAUUUGUGCCUGGAAGUUUGUAAUGUUUUGAAUUAAAUGUCAUAGGCAUCCUUUGCUGAAGUGUCAUUUCUGACAUUUAGAAAAUCAAAUUCCAGUCCAGGGUCAUAUUGUUUGUGAUGAUUUUAAAAUUCAAACAAAACAAACUAGACCUAGUGGGGCAUUACAUUCACAUAAAUGGACUCGAAAGAGUUAGGUCUGGUUAUAGCAGAUGAAGGGAAUUAUGAAACACUGUAAUAAAUAAAAAAACAAAUUAAUUAAAAUCCUCCAUAAUUAAUGCAAACGAACUUUAAAAAUGUAACUUAAAUAAGAAUUUGAUCUCUAAAAAGAACUAACAUUAACAUAAUAUAUACAUAUAUAUAUAUAUAUAUAUAUAUGUAUAUAUGUAACAUUAUCAUUAAUUACUAAACUUAUAUCUGUCUUGUACUUCAUUUGAGGUUAAUAAUUUCUAAGAAUUUGACAUCUCAUUAUAUCUAAAUGACACUAGAUGCCAUAGUAAAAUGAAUUCAGAUGGGACCAGCAAGAAGAAGAAUAAAACUCUGGUCAAGUUACAGUGAUGUUUAUAUGUAAAAUUUAUUCAUAACCAAAGAGUGAAAUUUGAUUUAAUAGGUUAUAUGUUUUGAUCUAAUUUUUGUAUUGUAUGCAUCUCAUGCAAUAUAUUUUUACAAACAGCACAUUUGUACUGUAUGUGUAUGUAUGUGUGUAUGUAUAUAAAGAUAUUUUUGACCUAAUGUAAUGAGAUGGUUCUUCUGCAUUGUUAGUAUACUCUUGUCUGAAUAUUGAAGAAUUCAGAAAGGGAGGACCACUUAUCAAGCAAUACAGAAAAAUAUUUUGUCUAUGGUAAAAUUUCUCAGUGAAAGGAUACCAGUUUAAACAAAUAACCAAAAAGCAAAGCCAGUGGUAAGGACUUACCAAAUUAAGGUAAUAUUUUUUAUGAUCGUAAGAAAAUGUAUUAAAUUGCUUGAACCUUAGGGUUAAUUUAGUUUGGUGAAAAAUUAAUAAAGAGCAGAUCUCUUCAUAAAGUCCUCUUGAAUCUCAGUAAUAUAAUCAGAAAGGGAGAAACAUAAAAGGAAGUGAGAAUGUCUCAUUAUUAUAGAGGGAGUAACUUAAAUGGUCUGGCUCAAAUGUAAUAACAGGUUCAAAAAAAUUCUUAUGAACAUGAAUUUGGAAGAGCCUCCUUUGUUACAAAGAGGAGGAGAAGCUAUUACCAAGGCCACAUAAAGUCAGAUAAAUUCAUAGUGGUAAAUUUUACUUUCAACAGUACUAACACUACCAGUGAUUAAGUUUAGUAAUAACCAGUGGCAUUUGAAAAAGUCUAAUGCUAAAAAGUGUAGUUGUACUGGUGUUAUGGUAAAAACUGAAUAAAUUUGUGCCGAAAAGCAAUCUUGAA